GCAGAGCGCCCCGCGAGCUCUUCCGGCGCGCACCGGAAACGCCUCGGCUCUCCCAAAAGCCCCCGCGCGGCCGCGCUCCCCUUUCUCUCUCUCCGUCAGCGCCGCCAUGGGCAUCGACAUCCGGCACGACAAGGACCGCAAGGUGCGGCGGAAGGAGCCCAAGAGCCAGGACAUCUACCUGAGGCUGCUGGUCAAGCUCUACCGGUUCCUGGCUCGCCGCACCAACGCCCCGUUCAACCGCGUGGUGCUGAAGCGCCUGUUCAUGAGCCGCUCGAACCGGCCGCCGCUCGCUCUGUCCCGCCUGAUCCGGAUGAUGCGGAAGCCGGGCCGGGCGGAUAAAACAGCCGUGGUGGUGGGGACGGUCACCGACGAUGUCCGCAUCCAGAACGUGCCCAAACUCAAGGUGUGCGCGCUGAGGGUGACCCGCGGCGCGCGGAGCCGCAUCCUCCGGGCCGGGGGCUCCAUCCUCACCCUGGACCAGCUGGCCAUGGCCACCCCCAAGGGCAAGGGCACCGUGCUGCUCUCAGGGCCCCGCAAGGCGCGCGAGGUCUAUCGGCACUUCGGGAAGGCACCGGGAACUCCGCACAGCCACACCAAGCCCUACGUGCGCUCCAAGGGGCCGAAGUUCGAGCGGGCUCGGGGCCGCAGGGCCAGCAGGGGCUACAAGAACUGAGACCCCUCCCCAAAA